AUGAGUAUGAAGCUACCUCUACACCUCGGCGCUCUGAAGAGUUUGACCCUGACACGCGACACUACACUGGCUGAAUUCAGCUGUGUGAAGAGCAAGGGGCUAUUCUCCUAUUUAACGACACUUGCUGUCGGCGGGCUUAUUGUGCGCGAGUUUUUAGAAGGUCUAGGAGACUUCCCGACACUGUUCCCUAACCUCCGCUUUGUCGAAUGGGAUGAGGACUACGUUGAGCCUGGCCUGGAGGGCGAGGAAGGUCUAUAUGUCCUCGGGGGAUCUAUUGAAAUCAUAGAGGAACUAGCCGCGCUCCGGGCUAUCUUUCCAUCCGUCCAGAAGCUGUCUAUCCCAGUCAGGCGCUCCAAAGGCGACAGGCACGAGGUCCCAUUGUACAAGGCCAUCGGGACUGAGUUCCCUAAUCUCGAACGACUGUCCCUCACGCUCGACGCAGGACUCCAAGUGUUUGAUGGCGACAAUGAAGUAUACCAUAGCGUAGUCUUUAUUGAACCACGCAAGAAGCAGAAGGAGCAGUCAAAUGUGCAAUCAACAGAGGGCGCGAUUUUGAGGCACGACUUUAAUCUACUGGAGUUGCUUCCGACCAUGCAAACGAUGAAUCAGCAUCGCUGGGAAUGGUCUGAAGAUUCGGUGGUCUUGGAGCAGGGAGACCCAGGCUUCACCUUCAACCAAAACAUUCUGGACGUGAUGGUCAACUCAGCGAUUGAUGGAAAGUUGGCAAGGCAGUUCUUUGAUGUCGUGGCGGCUUCCUCUCCAAAGCUGCAAAGAAUGAUAGUGCGCACUAGGGGUUGCAAUUUGAGUGUGCGUACUGUCCGUAAGGUCAAAGAGCAGCGCCAUUUCAGUGAUGAUUCUUGGCCCUACCGGGAGGAUCCGGUAGGCCGGGAAGACGAUGAGAUGGCGUCAUUGAUGCACGCACUUCAGAAGCAGUGGGUUGUUGACAGGUGUCUUGGUGGUGGUGGACGCAGCGGUGAUGGUCCUGGCGUUGUGAAGGUGAAGGAGAUCAGGGGGGAGAUGUCAACACGGCAAAGAAUCUUGCAGGAAUAUUUGGAGAACGAACCGCUGAAGGUCGAGGAGAAGGGUGGAUUGCCGUUGCAUUUUAGGUACCUCUGGCCGCGGGUAGACGAGGGGAGUAAGUCGUGGUGGAAAGAUUGGCAGAGUUAG